AUGACUCCAGCCGUCAUUUUGAGUAGAGCGUCUUCCUCCAUCAUGGUACAGCAAAGGGGACACAAAUACCCAGCAGUUAUGGACAGUGAUAUGAGCCAAGAGGUUUUCUUGGGACUGGGUGCAGAUGACAGGGAGGAGGUUUUUGGACUGUUGCCCUCCAACAAAGACCCCAACUGGUGCAAGACUCCCACGGGUCACAUCAAGAGGCCCAUGAAUGCAUUCAUGGUCUGGUCGCAGAUCGAGAGACGGAAGAUCAUGGAACAGUGGCCAGACAUGCACAAUGCAGAGAUCUCCAAACGCCUAGGCAAGCGCUGGAAACUCCUCCCCGACUAUGAGAAGAUCCCCUUCAUCAAGGAAGCGGAGAGGCUCCGGCUAAAGCACAUGGCCGACUACCCCGACUACAAGUACCGGCCCCGGAAGAAGAGCAAGAGCUCCAUGCCCGUGCGGGUUGGGGACAAGGUCCCCUUGAAGACAGGCAAAUCCCACCCGGGUGGUCGCGCAUCCGCUUCCGCCACCUCCACCGCCACCAGCAGAGGGCUCAAGGUACGAACGCCUUCCUCCAAACACAGAGCCAGCUUCGACAGCAAUAAGUUCAAAGGUUACGAUGAGGGCAUCAGCGAUGAUGACACAGUGGAUGUAGAGUUGGCCAGUCCGAUGACGAGCCAGCCAGGAGGGCAGAGGUCAGCCGUGGGUGUCUUCCACCACCAGCAGGCUGCCAUGACCCCCGGCGAGCAGCAGACUCAGCUUGCAACCCAGCUCAGAGUCAAAGUGUCGACCACCACCUCCCACCAGCCCACCUCCAAGCUGCCUGUGGGCCUCUCCUCUGGGUCUCCAGUACCCCACAGCCUCCCAGAGUCAUCCCCCAGGGUGUCCUCUUCCUCUGAGCCUCUGGCUCCCCUCUCCUCCACUGGCCGCUCCUCCACCGGCCGCUCCUCCACCCCCACCUCCACCAGCUCCUCCUCCUUCGUGUCGUCGGCCUCCUCCGACGAGGAGCUGGACGAGGAGAUUUUGCAUAUUAUCUCCAACGCCAACUUCGACACCAUGCCUAUGGACUGCUCCACUCUGGACAAAGACUUUGACGCUACAUUUCACACCAACUCAGGAUCCCACUUCGAUUUCCCUGAUUACUGCACCCCGGAAGUGAAUGAGAUGAUAUCCGGGGACUUGCUGGUGCCCAGUAUCUCUGACCUGGUGUUCACCUACUGA